AUGCAAAUGGCGUGGGAUAUGAUAUCUACAUGGAUCAAAUACGAAGAGAAAUUUUACGUUAUCCCAUCGACAGGGCAUAUCAUCAAUAAACCUUUCGCAGCUUGGACUUCACAACAUCAACAAAUCGCUCAGGCUAUGGAUUAUGUCGAAUGUGUCAACUUAUCGAUGCAAGUCAGUGUAUUCUUUUUGCUUCAAUGUUUCUGGAAUUAUCUUUCAAACUCUGUUGCUAAGAAAUCCUUCAUGAGUUCUCGCGAAUUCAAGUUUUAUAUUUUCUGGGCCCUUGGCAGUGUAGCCAUUUUUCCUGUCUUACAAUGGUAUUUCCGAGAGGAUCCUGGAUUGAGAGAAACUGUACCCCAAUUAGCAUUUGCUGUUGAAAUGAUUAUCACCUCUGCUUUAGGCAUCCGUUCUGAUUUAAGAUUCAAGCGAAUUUUAAAAUUAUCCGGCAACUUGAAAAACAGUGGUGUCGUUAUUGAGAAGCUUACAUAUUUCAAAGACAUGAACAUUUACCUUACAUUUGUUUUGUUCAUGUACGGUGUAUGCUUAUCUAUCCUUUGUGUUGAUGGCCUAACUGUAGCCAAGACAAUUAAUUCCAACAAGUUUGCAGCUGAUUUGUUAAUUGCAAACUGUAACACUGCCGCUAUUUUAAUGUGGCUUGUCGGUUUUUCAAUUUUCCAUCCUCGUCGUUCCAACGAUGACGAAACUACAAGCGCUAAUUCAAACGGGAUGAGUCGCACUGCAGUUACAAUGUCUCGUGGAAACAUGGAUAUUGAAUCGAGUCAUUCUAACAAGUUUAAACAUGGUUCGUCAUUUACAGAGGGUAAUAAAGUAAAUGAUCAGCGACUAAGCCAACGUAUCACAAAUUUCAUAGAAAACAAGAAUGCUGCAGCAGCAACAGCAGCUCGGUUUAAUGAUAAAUACAAUCCCUCCAGCGAAGAGCUUCAAAACAGUAGAUCUGGUAGUUUCUUACGCCCUAUGGGACCUGUGGAGGUAGACUAUCCCACCGGAACAUCCGGUACAUCGAGAACAUUCACUCCCACGCAUCAAUUUUCUCCAAGUUCUCCAACCGCAGAAAAGACCAAUUUCUCACGCAGUAUUGCAGUUGAUGAUCCUUAUACCAAUUCACCCAUCAACUUCACCAUGAUGGAUCCCAAGAGUGUCUCGGGUAAACGAUACAAUCAACCAGCAAGUGUUGCUGGUAGAGAGUCUUACGAAAGAUCGGUGUCGCCCAUGUCUGGAACAAGCGGUGCUCGAACACAAGAUUAUCCCAUGCAAACAAUGAGUGGUGCCAUUAGCAAUCCCAAUGAUUUUAGGUUCGAUCCUUUAUUAGAAGAAAAUACCUAUGAUUAUUUAGCUACUCCCACAAGAGCUAGAACAAACGAUCAUCCACAAGAAUGGUUGGGCCAAACACCUAACAGUGGAAGAAUUUAA